AGCAGUCUGGAUCUGUGAGGAAGGAGUGAACUGGACUGAACAAGAUGCCCAGGGGACAGCAUUACCUAGAUGGCAACUUUGGCAGAGGGAAAGGGUACACCUAUCUUUCAGCUGAAGAGGUUGCAGGCAUUGGAAUUCUCAUUGUGGUUCUUGGCGCUUUACUGAUUCUUGGCUGUUGGUAUUACAAAAGGCGCAGUGGUUAUAAAAGCCUUCUGAGCAAGAGUUUUGGAGGGGCCACCAUGAAGACUUCAGAAGGCAAAAGUGCUUUGCUGGGCUCCAGAUUCCCCUUACAAGAAUACACCACCAACUUCAACCAUGUGGUGCCUGAUGCUCCACCAGCCUACGACAAGAUUUCUGCCAGUCCUUUGCCACCACCUUAUGCGCCAUGAAACAGGAACAAUUAAAUCAGAAUGGAAGCUAUAGCUAGGUUCUUGCUUAAAUACAUGUGUGCUCUUUCCUUUCUACCAUUACCGAAUGGGGAGAAAAUGCCUGUGACUUUGAAUGGUUCCAGAAACCAUUACUGCUUAGGAAAAUCUAGCUCAUCUAUUGCACCGAUGUCCUAUAUCCUAUCCUUUGUAUCUUGUAACUUGCUGGGAUUCACGUAGAAUACGGUAUACUGUAACAUUUUACUUUAAGUGUUCUACUAAACAGAUUAAAUAUUG